CUCAUGGAAUCGGCGACAGUGGCAACCAAUUCUGAAUAUUCCUCACAGCAGCCAUUGAAAUCCCUCUGUAACAAAGCGAUUGGGCCAUCUCCCAUAAACUAACCACCACCUUAAUCAUCUCAUCUUCAAUUAAUUCCUUUAAUCAUUCUUUUUCUUCACCCAAAUCUCCAUUUAUCUGUUGGAGUUUUACGUAAUCACCUUCUUCUUUUGGAGGGGAUUUGGUAUUCAAGCCGUUUUCCCGAAUUUGUAAAUAAAUCAGUAGCCCUUUUUAGUUUAAUAUAGUACCGCCAUUACGAUUUCUUCACCUACGACCAUCGGUGUCAAAUCGUCAAUUUGUGUAAAUUAAUUUAUUAAACCCUUUUGCAAUAUUGUUGAAUUCGCUUGCAAUACGCCGACAUCCAGCAAAGCUUGAAGCUUUCUCGUGCAAGAGAAGGUAUUCAAUUUUGUUGGGGUUCUCGUGGCGAAAUGGUUGAUCACGGGAUUGGCAAGGAUACAAAAGCUUUAGAAACUCCAAUGGAGAGAGGCCGGGAGGAGUCUAAUAGUACAAAUCAAAUUGAUGAUUCUGAUGUGUCAUUUACAUUGAGAGAGAGACAGGGUGAGGGGGACAGUCUCAAUGGAAGUUCUAACGGUCGACAAGAUAAUCAAUCUAUGGAUGGUGAUUUUGAUUUGCCUUCGACACCUGUGGCCAACGUUCGACAGUCAAAUUUGUCCCAGUCGUCAUCUGCGGUAGAGGUCUCUUCGGUGAAUGAUCUCAGUCUUACUCCAUCGCCUAGGAUGCGCAAAGGAUUGGACCAUUGCAUUACAGCACCUGUGGAGAGAAAUCUCUUCCUUGAAAAUGAAGAGCUAGCAUUUACGCGGUCAACGACUGAGAAAAGGAUGGGCGUGGGUAGUCCAUUGUCUGCUCUAAAGUUGGAUAGACUCUCAGAACGUGAGAAGAAACAAUUAAUUGUGGAGAUAAUGAAGAUCCAAACGGAUGGAACCGUGGAGGUUGACCUCACUAAGGAUUCUCCUGUAGCUUCAUCGUUAUUAGAGCUCCAUCAGUUGGAUAGAGUUCCUUCUGCUAUUGAUUAUAUUGUUACGGAUCAUAAUAAAUCGGUUCCUAAACUAAAGAUUGCAGUGCUUGUAGUUGGAACAAGAGGAGAUGUACAGCCAUUCCUUGCUGUUGCAAGGAGACUUCAGGCAUACGGUCAUCAUGUAAGGUUGGCAACUCACUCCAAUUUCCGUGGAUUUGUGAAGUCAGCUGGGGUGGACUUUUACCCGCUUGGUGGUGAUCCUCGUGUUUUGGCUGGAUAUAUGGCCAGAAAUAAAGGUCUUAUUCCAUCAGCGCCAGGAGAGAUUGCUAUACAACGUAAACAAAUAAAGGCCAUUAUUGAAUCUCUGCUUCCAGCCUGCACAGAACCAGAUCUAAUUACUGGCGAACCUUUCAGAGCUCAGGCAAUUAUUGCAAAUCCUCCUGCUUACGGACAUGCACAUGUGGCUGAAGCUCUUGGUGUUCCCAUGCACAUUUUCUUCACAAUGCCAUGGACGCCUACGUAUGCAUUUCCUCACCCAUUAGCACGUGUGCCUCAAAGUCCAGGAUACUGGCUCUCGUAUAUUCUGGUGGACUUACUGAUAUGGUGGGGUAUAAGAGGACUUAUUAAUGAGUUCAGGAGAAAUAAACUGAAGCUUCCCCCUAUUGCAUACUUCAGCUCAUAUCAUGGGUCGAUUUCUCAUCUACCGACCGGCUACAUGUGGAGUCCCCAUGUCGUUCCCAAGCCAGAUGACUGGGGGAACCAGGUUGAUGUCGUCGGUUACUGCUUCAUGAACCUUGGAUCAAAGUAUGAGCCAUCUGAAGAAUUUGCUGAGUGGAUACAAAAGGGAUCUCAACCAAUUUAUAUUGGGUUUGGAAGCAUGCCUCUUGAUGAUUCAAACAAAACUACAAACACCAUCUUGGAGGCUUUAGAGAUUACAGGCCAAAGAGGAAUAAUCGACCGAGGAUGGGGAGACCUCGGUAAUUAUUCAAAGAUUCCGGACAAUGUUUUUGUGAUUGUGGAUUGCCCUCACGACUGGUUGUUUCCUCAAUGCUCUGCUGUGGUUCAUCAUGGUGGAGCUGGGACUACAGCAACUGGACUUAAAGCAGGGUGUCCAACGACCAUUGUUCCGUUCUUUGGGGAUCAGUUUUUCUGGGGUGAGAUAAUAUACCAGAAAGGACUCGGGCCUGCUCCGAUUCCCGUAUCGCAGCUAACCGUUGAAUCCCUCACAGAAGCUAUAAGAUUCAUGCUGCAUCCAGAGGUGAAAUCUCGGGCAAUGAAGGUAGCAUCUCGUAUCAGAAAAGAAGAUGGCGUUGGAGCCGCGGUCGAUGCUUUCCACCGCCACUUACCAGCGGAGGUCCCGUUGCCGCCACCGUCUCCGCCACUGGAGAAGGAUGACGGCCCAGAUCCUAUACAAUGGCUGUUCACUCAGAUUGGUAGAAUCUGCUGCUGGGCUUGUGGUUCUUAGAUUUUGUUACUACAUAUACCAUUGUACAUAGAUUAGGUCACUAUUCAUUAAUUUAUUAUUAUUAUUAUUAUUAUUAUUAUUAAAUCACUUAUUACUUAAUGAUUGAAUCUGUCUUAUAUACUCCGUAUGUGUUUAUCACACACUUUGAAUUUUAUCAAUUUUAUCCUAUUUUUACAACUCUUUCAACUUA